UGUUAAAUCAAUCUGUUAAUUCUGAUUGAGAUUAUUCUCACAUUUAUUUUUGCAGCCACAUCUCGAGAAUGGGGAUAAAAGUAAGUGUUCUAUAUCUUCUCACUUUUGUGGUUAAAUGGUUUUGUUAUUAUAUCUUUUUCUGAUGUUCUUUGUUGCAAUGUUCAGUUAUAAUGCCUCCAUCGGCCCUUGACCAGCUCGGUUAGUGUGUUUUUAGACUCUUCAAUUUUUAUUUUUAAGCCUUUAUCUUGUUCAAAUUCGAGGUGUUAACAUUUUAAGAAAAUUCUGCAGCAUUUCUACAUAUAGAUUAUCCAAUGUUGUUUGAGCUUCGAAAUAAUUCUGCUGAGAGAGUCUCUCAUUGUGGGGUGUUAGAGUUCACAUCAGAGGAAGGCAUUAUCUGUAUGCCUUGUUGGAUGAUGGAAAAUAUGAGAUUAAAAGAGGGAGAUUUAGUGCGUUUAAAGAUUGUUUCUCUUCGAAGAGGAAAGUAUAUUAAAUUGCAACCGCAUUGCAGCGACUUUCUGGACAUUUCAAACCCAAAAGCAAUUUUAGAGACCAAACUGAGAAAUUUUACGUGUUUAUCAACUGGAGACACUAUCAUGGUUGCUUACAACAACAAAAAAUAUUACAUAAAUAUUGUUGAAACAAAGCCAUCUCAUGCUGUGAGUAUUAUUGAAACAGAUUGUGAGGUGGAUUUUGCUCCUCCGUUGGACUACAAGGAACCCGAGAGGCCUAUCCAACAUGUUCCUUCAAGCAAGCCAUCUAGUCAAGAUGAAAAGGUUCCUGUUGAAGAAGAACCUAAAUUUAGCCCUUUUACUGGGUUAGCAAGGUGCUUAAAUGGAAAAACUUUGAUGAGUGGAAUUGCAUCUGCUUCUUCAAAGUUGAAAGGCAAACAAUCUGAUGUUGUUGGCCAUGGCAAGUCAAAACAGCCUUCUGCAGGGUCUAGUUCUCCAUCCCCUGCUCGUAAAUCUCAAGGAAAGCUUAUUUUCGGGUCAAAUUCCAACCGUACACCUACACAAAAGGAAACUCCUAAAGAAUCGAAAAAGGAAGAGGCAGAGAAGAAACCCGAGCCUAAAUUUCAACCUUUUACUGGAAAGAAAUACUCAUUAAGAGGCUAAAGCUCAAAAUAGACAUUCAUAAUAGAAAAACAGUCAAA